AAACGCUUACAUAUGAGUAACAGCGCGUUAUCAGCGUUAUCACAAUGGUUAUCUUUUGACCUCCAUGUUGGUUAUUUUAUGUUUCAUUGUAGGUGUGACACUUAAACUAAUUAAUUUUCAAUUAAAACUGAAAAUUGUCGAGAAAGGUGCAGUUUUCAGACCACAGUGAAUCUAAAUGUGACUUUUUUCGUGAUUAUUAUUGAAGGAACAAUACUAUGGGAGCUUUACAAACCAAAUCGCCAUUAGAAAGAAGAAACACCAUCGCUCGCAGAAGCCAAAGACGAACCCUACAUAAUCUAAAACCGAAAGUCGACAGUAUCUACAAGGAAAUCAAAAAAUUCAAAGGCAUAAACGAAGACACUCAUUACAACGCCAUAACGCAAGAGAUCGAAGUACUGAAAAACGAACUAAACAGAAGAAGUCGCGACUUACAACCCCAAGUUCGAAACCUAUACGAAAAUAUUUACAAAAGAAUAAGCGAAGCUGAGACAGCGCUAAAGGAAAAACUAGAAGAAAAUAAAGUGAAGAAUGAGAAGAAGAACCAACAAAAACAAAACGAACAACAAAAUCAAGAUGCUACGACACUUAAUAAUGCCUCUGAAGUAAUGAGUUCGGUAGGUCCAGAUGAAACAGUGGCUGAAAUUCACCAAAAUCUGGCAAAUUCAGAUAUUACGACGAGCGAAGAUGAUAAAAGAAAAACCGUGCAAUUGACAGUAGUCCAAGUUGCAUCAGAAGCAGAUUCCAACGUUUCUAAAAAAGGUGUCAUAUCUCCCAUCGAAAAACGAAAAUCCAUUUUGAAAGCUGGCGGUGUAGCGGUCAUGCCCGGAGCUGUCAUGAACGAACUCACGCACUCCAACCGAUUGACUCGCUUCUUCGACGAGUCAGACGACGAACCUGACCCCGCUCAGUCUAACGGUGAUAAAAUCAAGUCCAUCGUCCAACACCUUGGUGAAAUCGAAGCCGAGAUAGCCGAAUUCGUGGGCAGAAAAAACGGGGUGAAGUACAAUGGGAUCAAGAGCAAUUUGGAUAGGCGUUUAGCUGAGCUGGGCGAGAUAAGAAACGCUGACGAGUACGAGGCUGACCAGCUGGGAAGAGCCAAAGACUACAUUACUAGCUGUUUGCGGUUCCUGGACGAGAAGGCCAUGGAUUUUGAAAGGAGGAGGUCGAUUGGUGAUGACGAUGUGUUCGGGAAUAACAAUGUAGAUAUGGAAGACAAAGUGGCGAAGAAUUUCAAAUUGCAACAGUUACUCAGGAAUACUGCGGUUUAAGAUACUAUUUAUUAUUUUGAGAAUAGCUUUAUUAGGGCUUAGUUGUAUGUAGAUAUUUAAUAGAAUCAAAACUGUUUUUUUUAUAUUAAUUUAUAAAUGAAAGUUUCUGUAAUUAAGAGAUGUUAAUAUAUUAUAUCUAUUUCAUAGUUCACUAUUUCUAAGAGCAGAAAAGAAAGGUUUUGUUAUUGAAUUAUUGAAUGAAUAAAUAAUAUCAGUA